AUGGUGCGUUUGAAAAGCAGAUACAUCCUUUUUGAAGUCCUAUACCCUCCUACGGACGUCAAUGUCGAAGAAUCUAUGUCUAAGGCCGACAUUUUGCUAGCACACCAUAGGGCAUCGCCCGCGGAUGUGUCCAUCAAGUCUAUAAUUCAAGAGGUACGACGUUCGCUCUCGUUAAAUCUGGGCGAUUAUGGGUCUGCCAAAUGUAGCUCUCUCUUGCAGCUGAAGUACUUUUCCAAUAGGACAUCUACGGGAAUAAUCCGGUGCCAUCGGGAGGACUGUGAUCUUGUCAUCAUGGCAUUAAUGCUGAUGGCAAGAAUUGGCGACGUCGGCGGGCUGAUCGUGAACCCUGUCAAGGUAAGUGGGACCAUCAAGAAAAUAGAGCAGUUUGCUGUGAGAAGGAACUCUAAGAUUUUGAACCUGAUCAAGAGCAGCCAAUCAUCGCAAUUCAGCGAUAAUGACUUUCUUAUUAACGACCUUGAAAAAAUUGAAAACGAAAACGAAAACGAAAAUGACUAG